AGUACAGUAGGUUAGCAGCAAGAAUGAAAGUCAUUAAAUAGUGCAGCAUGUUUUAUGAAGAAUUGUGUGUUUUUUAGUAGUAGUGAACGAAUUUAAAACUUGGAUAAAUAAAAUAAUGACAGUGGAGCGCAACCCCAGCCUCACGGGAGCAGUUUGACCGAGUUGCAGAUCGCGUGCCAACAGAGCGCUUCUCGUGACAGCGGGACAGAUGCUUCUCAGGCAAAUGCUGCUUUGGCUGCAGGAAGGGCAGCGACACAGCGAGACUCCUUUCUAACGAGAGGACAAAACUAGAUUUAACAUUUCAUUAAAUAUUUUGCAUCGUUUUAAACGUAGAGUAGCUCAACGAGAAGUAAAAUCCGGCUAGGUUUGUUGUUGUUGUGUUCCUGUGAAGAUGGGACAGGAGCGCGCGGCGGAGUGUGCGUGAUGCCGCACCAACAGACGUCAGUGAGGCGGUGAACAGGGUUGAAAAGGCACGCAACUCUCUGGCCCUGUUGGUGAGAAGUGAUGGCUGCUUCCACAGAGGUCACUGAGCCUUCAGGACAAAUAAAGAUGCUUAAAGGAGAAGCUGAGGGGUGCAUGGGUGACGACCAUAGGAGACGAGUCAUCCUGCAGCGAAAUGGGUUGAAUGAUGUCACUGCUGGGACCACCACCACAGUCUUUGCCAUAGAGACCCAUCAAAGUGACUGUAAAGCAGAGGGAAGAAAGACGGAGUACGGCUACCCAAUCACUUGUGGAGAAAGCAGAGCUGUGCUGCUGUUUAAGAAGUUUGUGUGUCCUGGGAUCAAUGUUAGAUGCGUUAAGUUCAAUGACCAACUCAUUAGUCCCAAGCAAUUUGUAGACUUGGCAGGAAAAGCCACUCUGAAGGAUUGGAAGAGAGCCAUCAGAGUGGGAGGGGUUAUGCUCAGGAAAAUGAUGGACUCUGGCCAGAUAGAUUUCUACCAGCAUAAGUCCAUGUGCAGCAACACCUGCCGCAGCACCAAGUUUGAUGUGCUGAUGAACAGCACGCGGCCCUCUCCAGGGACCUUGGUGGAACCGAGCUUGUUGUGUUCGGCUCUCGAGCCUGUUGGAGGACAGCUGCCUGCUGUGACAGACGAAGUGAUGAGUCUUUGGCGAGGCGUAGCAGAAUCUGGGCUGAUUGGCGACGUACUGUCUGGUCUCUACUCCAAACUGGUGACCGCUCUUAAAGGUGUGGAGCUUCGCAGUGAGAAGGAUAGCCUGCAGGAGACAGAUGCUCUUAUACUUAACUCCCUGUGUGAAAUGUUUGGGCUUCUGGACUCCGUGAAACAAGCUCUGGCCCUCAGGUGCACCCAGAACCAAGAGAGUAACAUCCAUCACGUGCUGGAAGAAGUCUCAGAGGAACACCAGAAGCAGAGCUGCAAUCAAAGAAGAUCUUAUAAAAUUUCAUCCUUGAAACACCUCCGACCUCACGGUCAGAGCCAGCAGAAAAGAUGCGUGCACAACCUGCUGUCGAAUGAAAGGACGAAUACAGUGAUCUAUCCCCUUCCUUUUACUGGCUUAUCUGCUUCAUCUCACGCUCAGGUCUGCAGCCAUUUCUCUGCCCCCGCUGGCCAGAGUCACCUUCUUGGAGCCGGCAGGACAGACGGAGUGAGCCAAAGUGGCAACAAGAAAAAAGAUACCUCUGGAAAGAACAAAGGGACGAAACAGAAAACGGAGCUUCUUGUUUGAGAUGGUCUGACUAGAUAUGAGGAGGCGAAAAGCUCACAUGACACUGAGAAGCUUAAGUAGAUUCUAGCAGCCCUUACUGAGAGGAAAUGAAGAGACUGAAUAAAGAGCUGCAGCAAAGACUCCACACUCUGCUUUUAUGAUGUGAAACAAACUUCCCUGAUUAGGAGGUAUUCUGGCUGUUAGCAUCUUUAGAUGUAUGGUAGGUAUGCAAAUCAGUCUGCACAGAAGGUCUAAAAAUUCCCUAAAAAAUAUCCAGAAGAGUGUCUUACCGGAGGUUCUAACCU